ACGUCAACACGGGUUGCCGUCUUCAGUUGCUUGAAAGCGAAUAGGUCUCUCGCUCUUCAGUAUUUAUUAAAGAAAAUAAGCAAACUAUCAACACUUUGCCAACCGCCAAUAACAUUUAAGAAGAAGAAGAACUAUCAACGCUAAAAGUUGGUUCAUAUACCGUAAGAACAUUCUUUAACAAACGAAUGAAAUAAUAGCUAUAUAAUAACUCCAGAAGAUGGCGGAAACGAAUCAAUGAGCCAGCCAGGUACGAGGGAAAGCGUCGAAGAAGGAGGAACGCACUGCGCAUGUGUAAACGAGUGUAGUUUUAUUUAUUUCAAAGCAUGGCUCUCGUUCCAUAUGUAGAAAACCCGUUGCCCGCGCUUUCCAAACUCCACAAUUCAUCAGCACAGUUUAGGUUUGCCAACCGCGACCUCCGACUCGCUCAGGACUGGAAAAAGCUCGGUGUGGCGGCAGUUGUGUGGGAUGCGGCGGUGGUCAUGUGUAUGUACUUGGAGCUGGGAAAAGUGGAGCUAAAGGGGAAGAAAGCAAUUGAAUUGGGAGCUGGCACUGGUCUGGUGGGCAUUGUAGCAGCUCUGCUGGGUGCCAGAGUGACCAUCACUGACAGAGAGCCUGCGCUGGACUUCCUCUCCGCCAACGUGAAAGCAAACCUGCCCCCAGAUUCCCAACAAUCAGUGGUGGUCUCCGAGUUGACCUGGGGCGAGGGCCUCGAGCAAUACCCAGCCGGAGGGUUUGAUGUGGUUCUGGGUGCAGAUAUCGUUUACCUGGAAGACACGUUUUUGCCUCUGCUGGAAACACUGGAGCACCUGAGCUCAGACACCACUGUGGUGUUACUGGCCUGCAAGCUCCGCUAUGAGCGAGACACAAACUUCCUAGGCAUGCUUAAGCGGCGCUUCACCGUCGAAGAAGUCCACUACGACAAACAAAGAGACAUACACCUAUACAAGGCUUGCAAACUGACACAGAGGAGAGACUUGUGAACAUUUGUUUGUUUUAAUAUAUGAAAUAAAAUGUUUUAAAAUCAGAUUACCAGAAACACAUUUAUUUAUUAACAGCUGCCAAAAGUGUCAUAUCUGAAUAGCUCUAACGUAAUGCACUGUAUUAUUAUACAAGUUGUUGCUGACAUUUAGAAAUAGUGAAUACAAAAAAAAAAAAAAAUGAGAAGCAACAUAAAAAGCAUACUAUAUCAUGACUAUACAUAAUACCUAAAGAAUACAAUAUGGCAUCCCAUUAUCACAAAAAUAUUUUUUCUUUCAGAAUGCACCAACACCACCUGAUCUUAUAGUCAUUUCACAAAGUGGGUGCAGUUGAGUUGUAUCUGGUGAGCUUUGAUGCUCCAUUUACAAAAAAAAAAAACAAGUGAUCAAACACAUUGAUGCAACAGCACUUGAUUAACUGCAGAUGAGCGGUAGAUUUACCCAGAAAGCGUUGAAAUGCUGAAGGAUUGUAAAUGCAAAGAAAGUGCACAUGCUAGCUCAUAACUAUAAACAGAAUUAAGAGACGGCGACCGAGGCCUCGACACACAGAGGGGCCCGGUAUGGCAAAUUUCCCCCUAUGAUCUAAUUCCAUGAUUCCAGUGCUUUAUCCACUUGUCUCUGAAUUCUGCUUAAAAACUCUUUCAUUGCAUAACAAGUAAGGCUCAUUAAGUUUUUGGUUAUUGUUCAAAAAUAAUCCAUGAGUCUAUGGAGGGGGAAAAAAAAAA